AGCAGCAUUAUUAGGUAGUUACUGAUAUAUAUUUUUAAAAGUUAUUAGUUUUAGUUUCGCCUGAGUGGGUACACAGUGCACAUUCUAAUGAAAUAGGUCGGAUUCCCAUCUGUUAAAUCUUUCAAGAGGUGUAUACAUAAUUCUGUUCAAGAUGUCUACAGAAAUGUAUAAAAAAGAGCUACUAUAUCUCAAAGGCAUCACGUCUAUCUUCAAUGUAAAGGAUGAUGACUUGCCAAAGGCACAGCUUGCCAUGAUCAGAGAUAAAAUAGAGCAAGAAAUAGAGGAAGAUGAAAGUAACAAGGAAGAAGAAGUUCACAGAAGAAACUUGUGCACUUGGUUAGAGUACGUCCUAGGAGAAUAUAAUAAGGCGAAACUAAGAAAUGACGAAGUUAUGGCGUUAACUAAAAAUCUAAAUGUCACUGCUUUGACGGGGAGAGCCUGGAUUGCCUGGGAAACCGGUGACAGGGACAUCUUCAAUGCAUCUCUAACUAUCUUAGAAGAAUGUACGUCAAGUGACUCUGCUGAACUACUUGAGAUCGAAUCGAAAGCUCAAAUAGCUUAUUGCUUCUGUAGAUUACAGUUUCCAUAUUACCUGGAACAAGGACUAAAAAUGUAUUCGGAAAUAGUUCAGAAACAUCCAGAAAAUUAUAACUGCAUGCUAGGACUGGGUUUGGCACAUCGACGAGAAAUAAAUCUAGAUAAGUCCGCAGUUGCUAAACACGCCAAACAAGUCGCCAAAUAUUUCUGUACUGUCAUACGUGAGUCUGGUGACACAGUUCUAAAGAGACAGGCCUACGUUCAGGUUGUGUCCUUAAAACAAUUGAGCGACCAAAAAGAACUAGGUCUUGAUGGAAUGAACGAACUUUUUCAGAAAACAUUUGAAGAGCUCCUUGAAGAAGCCCUUGCCUUUGAGAAAGACUCUGCUGAUCCUAAAUCCCUUGCUAUACUAGGGACUACUUUGCGUAAACACGGAGACAUAGACAGAGCUAUAGUGAUAUUAAAACAAUCUUUAAGAAUAAAGCCUCUUCAAUUAACUUACUUCAAUUUAGGCAAAUGUUAUGAAACUUUUCAACCCUAUAAGACUGCUAGGAAUGAAAUGAAUAGGAAAGCCAUUGAUAUGUACCAAAAUUCAUUGGAGCUAUCUUACAGGACUAAUUAUAUUGUAGUAUAUGAGAUAGGCAGAUUGUAUAGACUAUGUGGUGAUUAUGAUUUAGCUCUAGAACAAUUUCAAACCCUCAUCAGCGAGUCGCAAUCAAUGAUAAAACACAAGUAUCUGUUUCAGCUAAGCUCAGCCUUUUUAUUGUCUGCACUUUGUCUUAUGGAGAAGUCUAGACAUUCGCUCUACAGUAACGAGCUCAAAGCAAGAAUAGAAAGAUUUUUGUUACAGUCAAUUAAUGUAGCAAAUGAUCUUCCUUACUAUAGAGAUACAGCGGUCAGUUUCAUGUUGAAAAAACUCAAGAACUCUGGACACCAGAUUCCAUAUGAGCUUCGUGAACUGCAGUAUUUUAGGAACUCGGCAGAUCAUCUAUUGCAAACACUUCAGCGCUAUCUCCGAUCAAGAAUGUACGAAAAUGCUUACACUUUCGUGAAGGUUUAUGGAAGUCAGAUUCCUCCCUGGCAGAUGACGGAACUACUUGAGACCUUGAUGAUGAAGGUCAAACUCUAUACUGCAGCAGACAGACUAGAACGUAAUGAGACAACUGUACACAUGAUCACAAAGCCAUUGUUUGACUCGAGUCUUGGGGCUCGCUGCGAGCUGGACAAAGUCAUCGAUGUACUCCUACUAAGCGACUCCGAGAGUCUUGAAAAAUUAAAGUUUUUGAGAAAUAUUUUAACUGAAAAGUUUGGAUUAGAUGUAGACACACAUCGUGAUUCUGAUGUUCCCCUGUCCACGACAGAUACAGCCAGAUACAAGGUGUUGCUAGUUUUAGCGAGCAGCAAUGAGAAAUCAAGACAUUGUCUUGAGCUGUUGAAUCCUAGUAGCGUGGAUCGACCAGGCUGUUACAAUGAAGGGACACAACAAGCGAACAUUUUAAUCGGACUGUUAGACGACGAGGUUGAAAUCAACCCACCGAUGGCCCAAUACCCUCAACAGAUAUUCAAACUUCUGCACAAUCCUGGGGAAACUAGCGCCCCUAGUGGAAACGAUGUAGGGCACCACAGUACAGGAGGCCAGCAGUGGGCAGAUGACGUCAAUGCACUUAUGUCUAUAUAUUGCUUUCUGAUUGGACAGCCCUGGCCUAUAUAAAACAUUGACUUUUAUUCACAUACUGAGUUUAACCUUUUACUACCUUGAACAAAUCCUUUAAUAGCUAAACAUUUUAUAUUUAUAUGAAUGGCUGGAUGUGAAUUAGGUAAAUUAUCUCUCAUGGAAUUGUGUUAGAAGUUAGAUUUGUUUUUCACAAUGUCUUUGGUUAUUGUAGCUCAAAGAGUUAUCGUUCUUAUAUUAAAUGUUGUUUUUAAUUUUUUUAGCAUUAUUUAUUUUAGAAUAUCAUUAUAUGUUACCAUGACAAAUUUCAAAGGCCUAGCUUUAGAAAUAACAAAAAUAAGAUUUUCAGGGAUACCUCCCCUUAACAACAUAUUUGAAUAUGCUACAUAAAAUAUUAACAUGUUAAUCACUUUUAUAUUUAUGUAAUUAUUUUUAAAUGAGUUUAUCUCUCACCGUAAAUAAAAGUCUGUCAAAGAUAUCUUAUCCUAAACCUUAGAUAAGUCUCUACCUACAACUUUUUCUUUAUCUAUACUACAAAUUGAUGUAUGGUGUACUUAUUAAUUACCCUUUUAAUUUAUCACAUGAAGGCCGUACAAUGCAGUCGACUGCUUCAGCAGCAUGGUCGAUUUCUUUUAUCCGUACAUCCAUAAUGGCUCCCACCUUUACCUUCCAACAACCAAGUUCAAACAAUCAGUGGAGCUGGCUGGACAUAAUGACAUCAGACAAUCAGUGGAGCUGGCUGGACAUAAUGACGUCAGGCAAUAAGUGGAUCUGGAUGGACAUAAUGACGUCAGACAAUAAGUGGAUCUGGCUGGAAAUAAUGACGUCAGACAAUCAGUGGAGCUGGCUGGACAUAAUGACGUCAGACAAUCAUUGGAGUUGGCUGGACUUAAUGACGUCAGACAAUGUGGAGUAUUCUGGGCUUCAUGACGUUAGACAAUCAGUGGAGCUGGCUGGACAUAAUGACAUCAGACAAUCAGUGGAUCUGGCUGGAUAUAAUGACGUUAGACAAUCAGUGGAUCUGGCUGAACAUAAUAACGUCAGACAAUCAGUGGCGCUGGCUGGACAUAAUGACGUCAGACAAUCAUUGGAGUUGGCUGGACUUAAUGACGUCAGAAAAUGUGGAGUAUUCUGGGCUUCAUGACGUUAGACAAUCAGUGGAGCUGGCUGGAUAUAAUGACAUCAGACAAUCAGUGGAUCUGGCUGGAUAUAAUGACGUUAGACAAUCAGUGGAUCUGGCUGAACAUAAUAACGUCAGACAAUCAGUGGCGCUGGCUGGACAUAAUGACGUCAGACAAUCAUUGGAGUUGGCUGGACUUAAUGACGUCAGACAAUGUGGAGUAUUCUGGGCUUCAUGACGUUAGACAAUCAGUGGAUCUGGCUGGAUAUAAUGACGUUAGACAAUCAGUGGCGCUGGCUGGACAUAAUGACGUCAGACAAUCAGUGGAGCUGGCUGGACAUAAUGACGUCAGACAAUCAGUGGACCUGGCUGGACAUAAUAACGUUAGACAAUCAUUGGAGCUGGCUGGACAUAUGGACGUCGAACAAUCACGAUGUAUUCUUUUGUUGAAUAUAUUUAUUCGGGAUCCAAACCCAAGCGCUCUACCAUCUCUUUGAAAAAAAAAAAGGUGCUAGCUACCUGAUAACGUCGUAGAACGAUGUCCACAGAAUUAUGGGAUGUUCAUUUCAGCAUCUCAAAAGAUGACUGGGUCUCAAAGAUAAAACUGUACCUACCGACUAUACUGUCACUAUACUAAGUCUUGCUGAGAUUGUGAGAUUACUCCUAAAUUAAAUCACCUUUUAUCAUUGUAUUCGCUAACUACAGUUGAUUUCUCUUGUAUACCUAGCACUCGGUACACUGGGGUUCUGUCAAACCUAGCAUGUGAAGGCUGGACUUGGCGGCCUGUGCGUAACGUCACAAAACUAGACAAAUUGGACUGAAAGGCAACUACCAGCACAGUGCUGUGGAGCACUCUAGGGCAGGACAAGACACACAGAAGUCUCUGGUCAUCCACUGCACCCAAACUUGUCCCCGGACGUCUUGACCAAAUCUUGCUUCCGGAAAAGUAAGGACUUUAGAGUGAGGUCGACGUGUUGUGCGAAUCCUCCUCACUUAAAUCAAAAUUCCAGCGCAAGACACUAGUCACCCCACCCCCCAAAUAAAAUACUUCCGGGCUCACAUAGGUCUCACCAGCCACAUAAGUAGGCAUAAAAACCCAGUGCAAAGCCCUCAGCCCCCUGGAUGACAAAAGUGGUCAUCAACGAACCACUAUGGACUAACUAUAAAUAUACCUGACUUAAUUUAUUUCAGUAGUGAGAUUCUUACAGUAAAAAACAAAUGCAAACAUUUUUAGAUGAAUCUAACAGUAACACUCCAAAGGGUAUAAUCGCUGAGAUGAAUACAACAAUAAUAUUUGAUUAAAAUGUGAAGUUAAU